AUCUAGUUCCUCAUUGAAUACCCCCCCACAGGCACUUCUUUGCUAUCAUGGGUUUUCAUUAGCUCCCAGCAUUUCCCUCUGGAAUGAAACAUCCCUUGAGCUCUCUUCAGAUUCUGUGUAUUUGCUAGGACAUAGAAACAUGAAGAACUUGUCUCUCGGAGCCCACACUUACUUCCUAUUUUUGUUUUUCUUCCUGCUACUUAUAACUAGUAGUACAAGCCUUCGAGUGACUACUAGUUAUUUUUCAGUCAGUUUCAACGAAGAGGGAACCAACUCUGGAGAUCAAGGUCACAUCUCCCCCAAGGAAGAUGCAAAAGAAGAACUUGGGAUGGAACUAUACCCAACAGGUUCAAGCUUGCCGGACUGUUCUCAUGCCUGUGGACCAUGCUUUCCAUGCAAGAGGGUGAUGGUUAGCUUAAAGUGCUUCACAGAGUCGUGUCCCAUUGUUUACAGAUGCAUGUGUAAAGGAAAAUACUACCACGUUCCUUACAAUUGAUUCAAUACAAACUCAACAUGCAAGGAAAGGGAUGGUUUUGAUUUUUCAUUAAGAUCUGAUUACUGAGUAUGCCUGCCAAAUUUGUGGGUGCGGAUUUUGGGUAGUACUGUUUGUUAGCUUGUAUCAGCUGUGUGGACCCUGGUUUUACAAAACCAUGAUUCAUCAUUCCACGUAUUCUACUUAAGCAUUUACUCUCUCUCUCUCUCUCUCUCUCUCUCUCUCUCUCUCUAGUUUUUUGGGUAGGUACGCAAAUGGUCUUCUCCAUGCCAUUAACUCAUUUAUGAGCACAAAGAGGUAGCAAGUAAGGUGAAAAUUGCAGGCAAAAAAGAUUGUAAAUAGCAUAAUGAGUUUUUGGUAGUUAGAAAGACUAGCUUUUGAUUAUCUUGUUCAGAUAAAUUGACUUUGCUGUCUGUUUCUGUUGUUCUCUGCAAUCUUAGUUUUCUUUUCUU